AUUGCAUCGGAGCGGAGCGGGCGGCGCGGGACGCCUGAAGGAGGGCCGAGGCCCGGGAGCGCGUGUGCAUAAAGAGACCUGUGAUCUGUGACAUACAUCCCAUCAUGUUUGUGUUGAGUGCUGGGGGUUGUGGGACAGAGCUCAAGAAUGCUUGGAAAGAAUGAACCUGAAUUAUUAGCAAAGGGACUGAAAAAGAACGCAGGAAGGAAAACUAAAGAAAGGAAGAAAGAAAAUGGAGGGCCAUGUUGAUCCCUUAGAGCCACUCCUGAAAGAAGAAAAAGGGGAGAAGAGGAGCUAAGUUAUCUUGCAGGCCAAGUUGUGUCAUUGGUUGCCUGAACUAAUACUGAUGCAUUUUUGCUUUAUUUUACAAAUCAUAAAGAAGUUUACCAGUAUAACUGCAAUUGUGUAUUGCUGUCAUUUAUAUAAUUACUAUAGGCCCGGUGUACAAAUUCUUGCAUAGGUGGGGUCCCUUGGGGUGGCCUGCAGAGUUCGGGCCCCAGCUCACGCCCCUAGCCUCAUGGCGCCACCCCCCUCGCUCCACCAUCCUGCCUGCCUGGUGAUCAAUCAGGGCCAGGCCCCCACCUGGCUCCUUCAGGGCCUGGGAGUCAGGCGGUGGCCCUGCCCUUCACGGCCACUGCAGCGACUGGCAAGGCAAUUGGGCCUCCGCUCACACCUGCCUUGGCCUGGUGAACCCGCUCACGUGCUCCACCAUCCUGCCUCAGUCCUGCUCUCAUCGGGGCCCAUUGGGGCUGGCAGCACCUCCACUGCCGCCCGCUGCCAUGGCAUGUAUCAUAGCGAGUGGUCAAACUCCUGGUUGAACUACUGCCUGAGAGGACAAUUUGCGUAUUAGGCUUUUAUUAUAUAGGAUUACCAGUAAUUUGACCUUAGGUUAGAAAGUCACUGUUUAGUGAUUUAAGGAUUCAGAAGAGUAGAAAUUCCCAUUCUAUAAAUUAUUAGGGAAAAUCAUUAGACAUGAAAUUUUUAUUUUGAGGCUACAUUUGAACCUUGUGCUCCAAAGGCAGAUUUAAGAAGGCAGAAUAUAAUGCAAGUAUGUCUUCUUUCUGAGGCUGAUUUAAGUUAUGUAUUACUAAGGUUUCUUAGGGACAGGGACCUAGCAUAGAGUGAAUUAAGUACUGGAAAUCACACCUUAAUAAUAUGAUGCUUGUCUUUUUGUGUUCUGUUGCUUCAAGCAAAUUGUGUGGGCUGUUAUCUCCUGAGAAAUCCCUGUAAAAUGUAUUAGUAAUACUUUAUAAGUAGGUUAGGAGAAAUAAUUUACUUUUCUAAAGUAUUUUGAAAUUCUUAGAUGAAAGGCUCUGUAUGAAGAAAUUGGUGUCAGCUAUUUUCUCUGAGUUCAGAGAAAAUAGGCACCUUAGAGUGGGAAGGUUGGCUUAUCUUUAGCACUUCUUUAUAAGUUACUUUUAUUGACUUGCAAGUGAAUAUCAGAAGCUCCCAAGAGUAUGGUUAGCUGUAAGAGCAAACAUUUUUGGGUUUGGGACUUGGAAUUAGCUAUGUGUUUUCAUCUAAGAUUUAAAACAGGUUUAAAUAUUAGUUUGUAAUUGGCUGACUUGGAGGCAAAAUAUGGCCCUUUGUUGAUCAUGGGUCCCAACUUUUUCUCUUGCUCUUUCUUUAUUUCAGAGACGGGAUAAGCCUGACUUUCUGAAAAGCAUCAACUUUCAUUUCCUAUUUGAAAUUAAAUCUCUUGCUGCUAAGUAACUUGUAAUAGGUCUUGGAAGAAAGUGUUUCAUCUAUAUUCAUUUAUACAUUAAAAUCUACAUACUCAAAUGCAUCCAUGUGAAAACAGUUUUGCUUGGAAGACUUAACACAUUCUUGCUUUAGAGAAGCUAACAGUCUAAUAGGGCAGAACUAUAUAUAUGCACAACUAAUCGUAAUAACAUGGUGUCUUUGAAAAAUGCAUGCUUCUUCCUCAAUUACCCUUACUUAAAGAAAUAAUGGUGAAUGGUAGUAAUAGAAAUAUUUUGGAAUAACUUAGUAAGUUUUGCGUUUAUGGAUUUGCAAGAAACUUUCUGCUAAUGUCCAAGAAAAAUGGACCAUUACAACAUGUAUCCCAAUUUCGGUUUUGAACAAAUAGUCGUACAAUCUUCCACUCCCCAUCGUGUUAAAAGCUCCCACUUCCCAAACAAUAAAGUUAACUUUUCAAUGAAAAAGAGAAAAAAAAAAGACAAAUGAACCAGCCUAGGUGCAAAGGAUGGAAGGUAGGGCUAAUUUCCUUCCUGGUGCCUUAAAACCAGAGCUGAUAGAUGAAGUGUGCUGUAUCCCCUCUCCUUUAAAAGGAACACCUGUUGCAGUGAUUAAAAGCUUUUUAUCUUGUGGGCUGAGUGCAUGUUAUCUUCAAAAACAAAAUUAUUCCCUUCCAGUGUUAUGUAUAAUUUGUUGCUCAUGUGACUGCUGAGCUGAGCCCUUUCUCCAACUGUACUAGAAUUUCCAGUGAACUAGUGUGUGAAUUUUCCAAUUUAGGUUAGUCACCCGAUUUACAGCAUUCACUUGCAUAUCCUUAUAACAGAUUGUGUUUAAAAUCUUCAUGGCUUCACCUUUUAGGGUUCAGAUUUACUAUCCAUUCAGUCUGUGGCCUUUAGCCUUUGGCAAGCUUUCAAAUAAACAGCUCUUGCAGAGACUGUACCCACUUUAUUCUCCCACCCUUGGGUUGUGGAGAACUGAAGAUCACUUGAGUAAUACCCCUCUCCCCAUCUUCGAGCUUGCUCUGGCGCUGAAAUUCGAUCACAAGUGACUACUUCCUCCCCCUUCUCCGCCCCCCUCCCCAUCACCAGGUAGGUUGGAGGGGGGUUGGGCUUUAGAGGGCUUAAGAGGGCCCACCACGGUAAUUGACGCAAUUUACAUUUGUAUAAUAAAGAACUGAGUUACAAACAGCCAUCUUGCAAAUGAGCCCUUGGAGUUAGGCCUACUUGUAAUAGGGUUUUGCAGUCUUGCUCCUUGGCCUUACGGGCAUGGGCAGUUUAUAAUCUAGACAGAUUUAGUUCUCAAAAAAUGAAAGAAUAAUCAUAGUAACAAUAAAAAACCAGGGUCGACCUAACUGCAGUAUGUGACAGCAAUCUAAAGCGCAGGACCUUGAGUUUCCCCACAGUUUUAUCAAAGAUCAUCCAGGUGUUUCUUUGAAAGCUAGAAGACACUGUCAGUAAACGCUAAUACCUAUCGCCUACACGGGUGUUCAGUGUGGGGUUGGGAGCCAUUGUUGCGUCGUGUGUUCUGUGCGCCGGCGCGGUUCCGUGCAUGCGCCGCCUUCCGCGAGGUGGGCUUUUUGCAGGGCCCUGCGCCUGGGCUCCGCGGGGCGGGCUGUCGGGAGGCGGGUGAGCUUGGGGCGGGGCCUCCUGCGACGCCCCCCUGCGCAUGGGCGGACGUCUUCUCAGCUCGGCCUGACGCCGGCCUUCAAUUGCCGCCGUUGUUGGUGAGAAACAUCUGCGAAGGCCCGGAGCAGAGCGCUACCCGAGCUCCGCUGUCCCCGACAUGUCUGAUGAAAAAGAUUCCCUGCGGGGAGACGAAGAGAAAGGAGAGGAGCCGGUGGUGCGGGCCACCCCCGGCAGUGCCACCCCCGGCAGUGCGCUCUCUCUGAAGCAGGCCGAGGAGGUGGACCCCCUGAAGCUGGAAGUGGCGAUGGGGGCUGACGGCUUCUCUGACAGCUGCUCCGAGGACUGCUCCGACGACCUCAGCUGUGCGGCAGCCCACAUAGAUCCAAAUCUCCUAUUGCUUGUGGCUGACGAGGAGAAAUGCCGGAAUAUCCGCAGGCAGUACCGGCAGCUCAUCUAUAACGUCCAGCAGAACCGGGAAGACAUCGUGAACACGGCGAGCGACUCAUUAACCGAGGCUCUGGAGGAAGCCAAUGUCCUGUUUGAUGGAGUGAGCCGAACGAGGGAAGCAGCUCUCGAUGCCCAGUUUCUUGUUUUGGCUUCUGAUUUGGGUAAAGAAAAAGCAAAGCAGCUGAACUCUGAUAUGAGCUUUUUUAAUCAAGUAGCAUUUUGUGAUUUUCUGUUUAUUUUUGUGGGUCUGAACUGGAUGGAAGAUGAUGAACGUGAUGCGUUGAAUGGUUGUGAUGAUAACAUAGUUCUUUCCUUCUGGGAGACAGUACAUAAGGAAGCAACAUCCUGGAUAUCGCAAGCUGAAACAUUCCACUUUCUCUUUGGUUCAUUCAAGUCAGAGUCUUCUGCCCCGAAGCGGCGACCUGGACACCAUAAAAAAGCUCCCAGGGUGGAGGAAAAUGUGGAUAUGCCUACAAAGCUGAGGAGGCUGGACCUGAGUAGCAAUCAAGAAGGGACAGAAAAAGAAGUAGAAAGAAUCUUGGGGUUGUUGCAAACGUAUUUUCGAAAGUAUCCUGACACCCCCGUAUCCUAUUUUGAGUUUGUGAUUGAUCCAAAUUCUUUUUCUCGUACUGUGGAGAAUAUAUUCUAUGUUUCUUUCAUUAUAAGGGAUGGUUUUGCAAGAAUAAGGCUUGAUCAAGACAGGCUGCCAAUAUUAGAGCCCAUUAAUGUUAACCAAGUGGGUGAGGAAAAUGAUCCCAGUUCCCAUGGCAGGAAACAAGGAGUUAUAUCUUUGAGUUUACAGGACUGGAAAAAUAUUGUGGCGACUUUUGAAAUUUCAGAGGCUAUGAUUAAAAGCUCUUACUAAAUAUUUUUGUUCUUAGUAUAGGGUGCAUUUCGUGGCCUUUCUAAAGUAUCAUCUCAAAAUAGAGUGUAAAACCUAAAUAGAAGCCCAUAUUGUAUGUCUUGUAAAGUGAGAAAAUAUUUUCAAGAACAUCAGAAAUUGUCUUACUGUGCAGUGUAUUUUUCUUGGUAGUUUAUAAAGUUGUCAUGAUCUGUUAUUUAAAAACAAUCACUAGCAUGUUCAUGGAAAUUUUUUUGAAUGUCCUUUAAGACUUUAUUAAUAAAAUUCAGUUCCAAAUUUCAUAAA